ACUGGUAGCAGUAGCUAGUGGUAUAUAUAUUAGCUGGCUGGUCGAUGAACAUGUUGGCCUUGCUAGGUAUUUUCACAUUCGUGAUUGUUUUUCUUCUCCGUCGAUUCUUCGACCCGAAAAAGAGGAUCUUAUCCCAGAUACCCGGUCCCAGAGGAAUACCAUUUCUUGGAAAUGCGCUACAGAUAGAUCCGAUAAAUAUUCACAAGGAUCUCUUGUCAUGGAAGGAGACCUAUGGAGAUAUAUUCAAACUAGACUUUGCUGGCGACCAAGUGGUGGUUUUAAAUAGUCAUGCUGCUAUACAUGAAGCUCUCGUGACAAAAUCAAAGGAAUUUGCAGGAAGAGUUGCAGAUUCGUUUAGGAAUGAAUAUAUGGAAGCUCAUCGUGGUAUAGUGUUUCGUGAUUUCGACAAUGAAUUCGCCAAUGUUAAGAGAGUUAUCCAUAGUGCAGUAAAGAUGUACGAUGACAACAGUGAAAAAGUCAUCCACAGAAUUAAUGCGGAAAUACAAUGUUGCAUGGACAAGUUUAAUGUUUACAAUGAGCGUCCAUUUGAUCCAAAGAAAGAUAUCUAUACGACUCUAAUCAACAUUAUGGCUGAAUUGCUAGCGUCUCAUCGUUUCGAGGACGAUGACCCUAAAUUGAACGAUAUCAUAGAGUACCAGCACGCAGUAUCGGAAGCCCUCUCUGCCGGUGUUGGAGAUGAACUCGAUAUGUUUCCUUGGUUGCGAUAUUUUGGAAAUCAAACGUUCAAGAAGAUGCAAUUUUUUCUAAAAAUGAGGAAUCAGAUAAUUGGCGAAUGGGUGGAAGAACAUAAGAAAUCUUUCAAUAGGGAUGACAUCAGAGACCUCACCGAAGCCCUUCUUAAGGCGAGGGAAGAUGGAGAUGCCACUUUCAGCGAUCAUGUAAUAAUCCUUUUAGUGGAUGACAUGCUUGGAGCAGGCAUAAUAACCACGCAAGUUGUGGUUUCUGCCUACCUGCAGUUGAUGAUACUUCACCCUGAGGUACAGACCCGUCUACAGCAUGAGGUUGAUUCUGUCGUAGGGACAUCUAGGGCGCCAUCUAUCGAGGACAGAGACGCUAUGCCGGUGUUGCAGGCGAAUAUACAUGAAAUAUUGAGAUAUGUGUCACAUGUUCCUAUUGCUGUACCACACAAGACAACUGUAGAUACUUCAGUCGGAGGAUACGAUAUCCCGAAAUCCACACAGGUCUGGAUAAACCUGUUUGCCUUGCACCAUGAUGAAAAGAUAUUUGAUGAACCAUGGAGUUACAAACCUGAGAGAUGGCUAGACGAUUCUGGUCAACUGGUGUCUAUUGAAGAGAGAAAUAAAAUCUUCCCAUUUGGCGCAGGACGUAGAGUGUGUGCAGCGGAACAAUUUGCGAGAACGAGGAUGUUUUUGUUCCUCUCCAAUAUACUACAAAGAUUCACAAUCGUUCAACCUGAGGACGCAGAGCCACCUAGUGCUGACCCAAGAAAUUACACACUGGGAAUCAUACUCGAACCAGGACCAUUUACUAUCAAAGCCAUACCACGCUAAUCUAUUUUAUUUAAUCAGAGAUUCUUCAAGGAUCUUUUGCAAAAUGUUCGUUUCCAUUAAUGAUACAUGAUCAGUUUUCAUUGAAACCAAUGCUACAGAAAUGGAAUUGCUUGAAUUUGAAAGGUUAGCAUAUCUAAAAAAAGAUCUACGAGAUAAAAAAAAUCAAUUUCUGUAAUUAUGCACCCUAUGUCACACCAUGUAACGUAAUGAAAAAACUGUUUUUUAAUAAUGCUAUUCGAUAAUCUAAUUGGAUAUGAACACACUUUAUGCCACAUCUGUCACACCUUCUUUCAAAAGGACCCCGGCCGGUCUAAUGUUUUUUGCAAUGUCUAAAACUUGGUCCCUAGUUGAUUUUGGUCCAUUGUGCAAAAAUAAUGCAUGAUUAUUCAGCCAACAAUGACCUCAUGUAAAUAAAUGAUAUAUCAUUGAAAAUGUAGCUUAAAGACAUGUUAAGCAGAUAAGUAGGUCAGUAUUACAU